GGUCACUCCAGGUCAAAAUCCCAUAACACAUUGCGAAAUAGGGGUGAGCUACAGCGUGGCUACGCUGACCGCGCGUCUUUUCUGUCUUUCGUGAAAAUUUGCAAGGUCUUUAGCAAAGUGUCGUCAUGGACGACAGUCUUGCAAACUGGGGACCGGGUGACCACCAGUACCCACCCUGGUUCCUGAACCGGUUAGAGGGGCUGAGGUCGGAGGGUCUCAUGUUCGACGUGACGCUGUGUGCGGAAGGGAGGGAGAUCCCCUGCCACCGCCUGGUCCUGUCUGCCUACGCCGACUACUUCCACGCCAUGUUCUGUGGAGUUCACAGCGAGAGUAAGAAGGACAGGAUAGAGAUAUUAGGUGUGAGUGCAGAGGCACUGCAACAGCUGGUGGACUAUGCCUACACUUCCAGGAUCACCAUCACUACUGACAACAUCCAGCCACUGUACGAAGCAGCCAACAUGCUGCAGAUUUGGCCUGUUGAACAACACUGCGAAAGAUUCCUGAUCGACCACAUGAGUCCUCAAACAUGCCUGGGAAUUUGGGUACUGACAGACAAGAUGCUGUGUACAUAUUUGGCUGAGAUGGCAAGAAGUUAUGCCGCAAAAUAUUUUGAAGAAGUGCGAAAGAUGGAGGAGUUCCUUGAGCUGCCUGUGAACUUCCUUCAGAAGCUCAUCAAAUAUGAUGACCUUUACGCUAAGAAGGAGGAAGAAGUGGUCGAGGCCGUCAUGCUUUGGGCAAGACAUGACCUCAAGGAACGACAGAAACACCUCAAGGAGCUUCUGGAGUAUGUCCGCUUCUCACACCUGGACCCAGAAUAUCUUAAGAACAUUAUAGAGACAGACAAGGAGUUUGCUGAGGCGACAGAAAUCAUUAAGGAGCUAUCGGAGGGUCAGUCCACACAUGCAAGAUCUUGUCAGACUUUUCAGGGAGAAAUUCUCCUUCUCGGUGGAAUAAGUGAAGAUGGAGACAAAGAAGAUGAAGAUCACAAUGACAUGUACAGACUUGACGUGUUUGGCAACUGCGUUGACACAACUACACUGCCAGUGUUCUUCGAGAGGAGCAGAGGGUUUGCAGCAUGUGUUCUUGGCAGUGAUGUGAUUGUGACAGGGGGUACUUGGAGCAUGAGAAUGGCAUGGAGGUAUAGCUCAUCUCUCAAUACAUGGACUUUCCUGCCACUCCUAAGGGAAAAGAGGUGUCUUCACCAGAUGGCCGUCUUGCAGGGACAGGUGUAUGUUGUUGGUGGCCUCUCUUAUGAGGAGGGUUUUCCUACUGACUUGGUUGUAAGAGAGUCGACUGAGGUGUACGAUGCCACAGCAAACAGUUGGAACGAAGCAGUACCCCUUAAACAGGCAGUCAGUGAUUUUGGCAUAGCCAACUGUGGUGAAAAGCUGUACGUGUUUGGAGGCUCGAUUGCCCUUGGUAGAGGGACUGAUCUAGUCCAGUGCUAUGACCCUACUCAAGAGGAGUGGACAUUUGUGUCACCACUGCCAACCCCACAGAAGGGUGUAACAGCAUGCACAAUCAACAUUCUUAUCUUCAUGGUGGGUGGAUGGUUGGACUGUGUUCUGUGCUACGACCCUAAGGAGGAUUCGUAUACAGAAAUGACUGAACCACUGGUUCCAUGGGAUCUAAGCAGCGCUACUCUGUGUGGGCAUGAGAUCUACAUUACCGGUGGCUAUAACCAUGCAACCAAGACUACUGAAUCUACAGUUCAGUGUUUCAAUGCAAGCUGUGGUACCAUGAUAGUCCUGAAAGACUCAAUGCCUAUCUCACUACAAGGGCACUGCUCUGUAACAAUACCAAAGACAUGAAUGGCUUAAAGAGAAUUCUGUAUGUCAGAAAAUUAUUUCCCAUCCAGAAGUCUACAUGUAUGUAUUUUCAGAGACACAGCACAUAGAGGACUCUCAAUUUAUGAAAUCUACCCACUUAUGAAGGUUGCAGUUUAUGGUCAUUAUUUUUUAUGAAAUUGUUUUUUUUACAUGUAUUAACUCUGCAAGAGGACAACAGAAGUUAGAGUGCUGGAAGAAAGACAUGUGGAAAUCUGUGCUUAUGAGUUACUGAAAUUUGCCUCAUGCUAUUUUUUAUUUUAUUUCGUGAAAUUUAAGAACCAACUAAUUGAAUUUGGUAUGGCCUGGGGUUGAAGUGUAAGUACAGAAUGUGCUGUUAUAGGGGAGCAUGGCUCAUCAUGACUAAUUAUUUUGAGAUCUUAGUAAAUUCUGUACUGAGUUGUUAAUUUUCUGGUCACAGAUGCCAUGCCCUCGAUAUGCUCAGGGAAAAAGUUGAAUAUUAUGUUAUAUAAGGAUGGUAGUCACAAUGGUUGGUGCUCAGGCCAAGUCCAAUGCAAAUGUUGUAAUACAAGUAGAUGCUGCUGAAUCCAGCAGAUGCAUAAGAAUAAAUAGCCAAUAGUACAACAGUU